AUAAGGUACGAUAAGGCAUCAUAGCGGCCAGACUAGAUGCCUGGUGGAGCCCUUCCGGGCCAGUCCUUCACCACAAUCCACAGCACCACAGACAACAGCGCCACACCCUCAAAGCACAACAGCCCACAGCACCACAGGCCACAGCAUCAAAGCCCACACCAACAUGUUGUGGUGGUCGGGGCGUCUACUGGUGCUGGCCGCCUUGCUUACAGCCGCCGCCGCCGCCGCCGCCCUGGACACCGAGGAAAUACAGAAAGAAGAUGAACACCUUGUGUUAGUGGCUGCAGGUGAAGGGCCGCCUGAGAACGUGACAGCGACGCCGGUGGGAUCCACCGCCCUCAACGUGUCGUGGGACCCGCCAGAGGAGCCGCCUCUCUACUACAUCGUCAGAAUUGAUUCUGAAUCUAUAGAGAAUGAUACAAACAACACUUACUUCCUCGUAGAAGGACUGGAACCGUGUCAAGAUUAUUAUAUAAGAGUGUUAUCCAGGUACAACGAUCAUCAGUAUGCGGCUAAAGUAUCAGGCACAACCAACACUCCAGUGCCACCGUCACCACAGAGCUGCUGGUUCUCUGACGUUCACACCUCAACAUUGGACAUUAACUGGAAUGACACACAAUUUAAGUGUGCUAUUGUCGGCCACAGAAUAAGCUGGUCGUUGGACGUCCUGGGGAGUGAUGAGGAGUCAACCAACCAAACCACCACCACAGACCAUCAAAUACACUUAACCAACUUGCCGCCCUACACCAACGUCACAGCCAGUGUGGAGGCAGAGAGCAAGACAGGUUAUAGUCAACCAACAACUUGCUGGAAUGUUACUGAUCAAGACAUUCCAGGGCCCCAGUCAUCACCAGCGUCACGUCAUCUUAACGAUGUUCUCCUGUCACUAAGAUCCCAAGUAUAGCACGUCUAUGGCGGUUAAUUUCUUUAGUAGAAGGAAGAAGUUGGGAUAUGUGGAGAUAAGGUCUAUAGUAGGUGUUUAAUGUUACCAUCAUGACUUGUACAAGGAGACAGUGUCUGUGUGUAAGGAGGGAGAGAGCUUUUUAUUGGUUCUAUCACUGUUUCAUGUGGUGGGUGAAGGUGGGUCAAUACCCCACAUAGGCUGGUGGGACACUAACCUAUGUUGUAGCUACAUGGUUUUGCUGCCUCUCCAUCACUCAAGUCCUCAUUUACAUAAAAGGUGUCUUAAUUUACAUUCAAUAUUUUUUGGCAGAAGAAAGUAUUUGGAAUAUGGAGAGAUGAAUUUUUUUGAGAGACACAAUGGUGUCUGUCACCACGAAUUAGAGGCACUGUGCUAAGAUUGGUCUCCUCCACACCUGUUACCUGUGCUUCUCUCCACCUGCUUCACCUGCUCUAACUCUACUACCAUCAUCAUCACCUGCCCAUCACCACACACCAGGUGUCGUCAUAUCCUCUUCCCUUGCACCAUCACCAGGAUUUUUCCUUCUACUACUACACAAGUCUCACCGACUGAGCAUGUCAGUGGGUGAGACUAAUGUGUAGUAGUAGAUUUUUUCUUAUGUGUAAUUCUAAGGUUCUUACCUAUCACAUUUAACUAUCACAAUUAAUAUCUAUAUAAAUAAAAAUGUAAAUGUUCGUUUGUUCAAAAUCGCAAAUCUCCUAAAGUUCUUGACCGCUUGCUUUGAAAUUUUCACACAUCCUUCUAUUGGCAUUCGAGCGGGUGUUUAUAUACAUAUUAUAUAGAUGUCAAGUCUGUGACGGGAAAAAACAUGCUUUUUUUGAAAACUGUGUUUUUCAUGUGCUUUUCAUGAGGGAAAAUCUUCGAAACCUCUUUACUGAUUGCUUUGAAAUUUUAACACAACAUUGCAUUCGAAUAGGCGCUUGUUUUUAUAUACCUAUAAAAAGAACAAAAUUAACUGUAUUAUACUUAUUAUAAUUAACACAACGUUAUGAAUCUACAAGUUUCAUUCUUAAAUAAAGAGACAGUAGGGCACAUAGGAUUUAUACCGCUGGGAGGUCAGGUACAUAUAAAAUUAAGUGAGGAGAAAGGUGAAAGUAAAGAGUAAAGAAAAAUGAAUUAAUGGGUCAGUAAACAAUACAUACAAAGAUAAGUCACGUGAUUUACACUCAAGUGACUAUAGUGGCCAUAGAGGCUUGGGCGAUGACGUCAUCAUUGGCAUCUUCGCCUUCCGGUCUGGCUCUCACUCUCAUGGUGGUUAGAGUGAAUAGUUCCGUUAUUAGAGUGUUUAUGGUGGGCCGUUCGACUUUUUUUUGUAUGGCUUCAAAAACUAGUUAUCUUACGUCAUAGGUUUCGUCUAAUAUGCAAGUGUUUUUAUUCAGCAUUUCUCUUGUUAGGAAGAUGUCAUAGGUUUCUCGCAUGUGAUUUUUGUGGGCACCUGAGUGAAGAGGACAGGUCACAAACACCUCGUCAGCUUGGUCGACGUCAUACCUGUGUACUUACAUUGACGGUUACAUCCAUCAUGGGAGGCAGGUCAUCUUGAGAUGAUUUCGGGGCUAUUUUUAGUGUCCCCGCGGCCCGGUCCUCGACCAGGCCUCCACCCCCAGGAAGCAGCCCGUGACAGCUGACUAACACCCAGGUACCUAUUUUACUGCUAGG